AUGCAGAAGCAAUCUUCGCUCGAAGAUGCCAAGGAGACAUAUCCUGAUAUCGCUAUCAUCGAUGCUUCUCAGGAGAACGAGCGGCCCGCUCAGUCUACCUCCACCGUGCGAGGGUUGACGCUGAGACAUAUUCAGCUGAUCGGUAUCGGAUCGACGAUAGGAACAGGUCUAUUCCUGGGAUGUGGACGUUCGCUCAUCUCAGCUGGUCCGCUUGGAUCACUUCUUGCUUAUAUGGUGUUUUGCGCUAUUUGUUGGGGCGUAUGUCUUGGUGCUGGUGAAAUGGGAUCGUUCAAACCUGUCCCUGGAGGUUUCAUCACAUGGGCCGGUGAUUAUAUCGAUCCUGCUGCUGCUUUCGCUGUAGGAUGGAACUACUUUUACGCUGGAACUAUGUUCGGUUGUGCCGAUAUUGUCGGUGUUGCUGGUCUAUUUGGUUACUGGUUACCAGACGUCACCCCUGCAGCUUGGAUCACGAUGUCUAUCGUCAUCAUUACCGCGUUGAAUUGCUUCCACGUCAAAUUUUAUGGAGAAUCAGAAUUUUACUUUGCCAGUUUGAAAAUCAUCCUCAUAGUGAUGCUCAUCCUCAUGACUUUCAUAGUCAUGCUUGGUGGUAAUCCUCAACAUGAUAGAAUUGGUUUUCGAUAUUGGAAAGAGCCUGGACCUUGGGCUGCAUACCACACGACUGGACCCCUUGGCCGAUUUCUUGGUUUCUGGAAUGUUUUCAAAAUCGCUGCUUACUCCGUUGGUGGUCCCGAAUUCGUUUCCAUGUGUGCUGGUGAAGCUGCAUGGCCUCGACGAACUAUUCCCAAGGCAGUCAAGGGUGUUCUAUUCCGACUCACCCUUUUCUUCUUCUUUGGUAUUCUCGCCUGCGGUAUCCUCGUGCCUUACAACGAUCCCAUCCUCAAGGAAGCAGUCGCGACUGGUGUCGGUGCCAAUGCUUCAGCCUAUGUUGUUGGUAUGAAGCGAGUAGGUAUCAAAGUUCUCCCAGAUGUCUUCAACGCCAUGGUCAUCACCUCUGCUCUUUCGUGCGCCAAUGGAUUCGCCUUCGUUGGCAGUCGAGUAGUUCACUCCCUUGCUGUCAGAGGACAGGCUCCCAAAAUCUUUGCUCGAACAACUAAGAACGGUGUACCAAUCUACGCAUUUGGCUGUGUCAUUGCCAUUUUCUGUCUAUGUUAUAUGCAAGUCAGCACCAACGCAGCAACGAUUUUCGGUUGGUUCAUCAAUCUUAGUAGUGUUGCUCAAUUACUUAAUUAUAUCGCAAUGACCAUUACCACAAUUCGAUUCCGAGCCGGUCUUAAGGCUCAAGGCAUAGAUCGUAAUAAUCUCCCUUGGACCACAAAAUACACUGUCCCAUACAGUUGGUUCUGUGUGGUCAUGCUGUCUCUAAUCGUCGUUACUCAAGGUUGGGUAGUGUUCACCCAUGGCGGCUGGGAUACCCAAACUUUCCUUACCUGUUAUUUCGGUCUCGCUUUCGUCUUUGUCGCUUACUUUGGCUGGAAAUUAUGGCAUAAAACAAAAAUUAUCAAGACAACAGAGAUGGACUUCAAAUCUUUUGUACCAGAGUUUGACGCUCUUGACGAGGAGUACCGUGCAGCAUACAAAGUGCCUACUACCGCUAUAGGGCGCUUCUUAGAUAAACUAUUUUGA